GGAAGGAGAGGAGUCAGCGCACGUGUGUCCCUUUUCCCGCUGACGGACCGGCGGCGGCGGCAGAGGAGGAGUCGGCAGCGGGGCAGCAGCAGCUGCCCCCCGAAGGCCCAGGCACCGAAGGAAGAAGCAGCCCGGGGAGUGCCCUCCACAGCAGAGUGGCAGACGGUCAGGCCAGGACCGGAGCAGCUCGCAGCGAACCGGUACCAGCUUCUCCAGUCCGACUGGUGAACAGGUACGAGGCCCUGGCGACCCUGCAGGAGAUGGAAGGGGAGGAGGAAACCCUUGGGCAAGAAGAAACACCACGUUCUUCACACGCCGAACAGAUCAAGAGAUCCACGAGGACCCAGAGGAGGAGGCGACGAGUGCUCGUCAUAGGAGACUCCAUCCUGAGAGGUACGGAAGGACCCAUCUGUCGCCAGGACCCUUCGCAUGAGAGGUAUGCUGCCUGCCUGGAGCGAGGAUUCGGGAUGUGACGGAGGUAAUCCAGGCCAGGAUCAAGCCCUCCGCUUACUACCCCAUGGUCCUAGUCCAUGUGGGUACUAAUGAUGCGGCCAGGAGAACCCCCGAUCACCUGAUGGCGGACUACUGUGCUCUGGGCGGCGUGCUGAAAGAGUUCGGUGCACAGGUGGUUUUCUCUUCCAUCCUACCAGUGACCGGACGAGGAAGACGGCAGGAGAACUGCAUCCGAGAGACCAACUGGCAGAGGUAUGCUGCCUGCCUGGAGCAAGGCUUCGGGAUGUGACGGAGGUAAUUCAGGCCAGGAUCAAGCCCACCGAUUCCUACCCAUGGUCCUAGUCCAUGUGGGUGCUAAUGAUGCGACCAUGGGCAAGCCGGGAGCAAACCGGGGUCGUACCAGUCCCGUCUCCCAUACACACGGUCUGUGGCCGGCAGCCUGGGCACGCGGGGUGGGAGAGAACCGCGGGGCGGUUUUGCGCACACGAGUUAGAAUUAGUUACGGAGGCGUAAUGGUUGAUUGAAAAGAUGGUUUACUUACACCCAAAGAUGGUAUUGGUGUAGGCUGGACACGUUUCCAGGCACAGUUCCCGCUUGAACCCUCGUUGGAAGACUCUGACAAAUCGAUUACUCCCACGGAGUUUGCUAGGCUCCGCUGGUCCAGUUAAGUUGGGUUCGAAAAGUUUCCCCGGAGUUAUUCAGGCUCCGCGGGUCCGAUAGGUUUUCCCCAGAGUUUGCUAGGCUCCGCGGGGUCCGAAGUUACAGGAAAGGGAUACGUCUAGGAUUGCGCUCGGCGACGGGGAGAGGCGAGUGUCAUAUUGAAUGAAAUAGUUUGAAUGUUUGUGAAGGUUGCCCAUUAGCCAGUUUCAGGAAGAAGAUAAGAUUUAUCUCCUUAUCUAGUUCAUUGUUUUGGGGACUACGUGCAAAAGGUCCUGACUUCGCUUAAAGUCUUAAUUUAAAUUUCAUCUUUUAGAAAUCUUUUACAAAGAGAGCAAAUAUCCUGAAUUCCAAGAGAUCAAACCCUGGGGCCUUUUGACCAGGUUGGUAAGAAAAGGGCAUUUGCAGUGAUAUGGAAGUUUCCCAAAGGUAAUUUAAAAUGCUCAACAAAGGCAAAAGAAUCUGUUGAGUAAGAGCCGAGCCCAAAUUUGGGAACAGUGACAUAUUGAGUAGGAGGAGCCCGCUGACGGCAGCUCACUCAAUAAAAACUGUAACUUGCUGUCCCAAUUUGGAGGUGACUAUACUUGUAGACCAACGAAGGAAAAAUCGCAAGUAUAGCCCGGGUCAGACUGAUCACCUGAACCACCCUCUCCAUGACACGAAUCUCUUAAUUCACGCUGAAGCCGCGGAGCGCCUGAAAGGGACUGAAGGAAGGGGACUUAGUCCUAUCACUGCUGAAACCAGCCUAUCGAAUCGUAUUGCUGAGGCAAGCCCAUUUCAUUGAACCGUACUACUGAGGCCAACCCAUUAAAUCGUAUUACUGAGGAAUGAAACUGUGGCAGAAAUGCCACCGUUGGUGCCCCUCUCCAGAGACCUGUCUCAGCCAGCCUGGGAGGCUGGUGUUUCAUUCCUCAGGGCGGGGAUCUCCCACCUGGUCUACAUGACAAAAGCCUGGCGCCUGGGAGGCGGAUGCUCUAGUCACCUGGGCAGGGGGGAAAGACCCGGCCCUGCGCGGGCCCAGGUAGCCAGGGAUGCGGGGGAGAUUGGUCGGGUUGUAGCCAGUAUUGGCAGCUUCGAUUGGACCGGGCUGCGGAGGUCAGAGAGGUUAUUUAAGGGCUCGGGCCAAGAAGAAGGGGAGUCAGCCAUCAGCCAUUAGCCAUGCGGUCAUCCAGGUGAAUCUGAGCCUGGCUCUCUCCUCAUCACCACAUGCUCCAAGAGUGCCCUGCCUCCAGAGGAUACAACAACUACCUCUGGACGAUGAGAGUGAGUAAGCUACUAAAGAUCCGAUUAGAUAUUUAGUUUCAGUAACUCAGAUGCGUUUAAAUGGCUACCUCAGGCACCCUGGUUUGCUCUAUGGGAUUCCUCUGAUAUUCCUGUAAGAUUUCUAUGAUACUGCUCUACCUUUUACCCUGUUUCCGCCCUACCCCUUGUCAUCAAUAAAGUUCUCCUUUGUGACCGGUGUGGGAGACGUAUUGAGGGGUGGGACUAAAUUAUGCCUAGGAGGCCCCUUAGGUCUGUGGACUAAGGGAGGCUUCCUAAUAAGCCCCUGACUUGGGGAAGUGCCCCAAGUGCUGGUAUUGGGUCUAGGACCCAUUGGACGAUCAGGCCUGCGUUUUCCAAGGCGCGCAGAGCCAGAAGUGAGUCCAGAGCCUUGGAUGGUGGCAGCGGGACCCCAGGCUAGCGGGUGUGCUCCAGGGAAGGGGUCGGCCGGACGGGAGGCACCCUAAGGGAGGCACUCGGAGCCUGGAAGGUGGUCGGGCGCGGGGAGGUGGGCAGCUCAACGCAGGAGCGCCCCCUACCGGCCCGCCACACGUGGUGGCAGGGGUGGGAUCCGAAUACCCUGCUGUAUUUGAGGCAUAAUUUGGGAAAGGAGUAGAGUCACUGAAAUCCCUUGAGCAAACAAUUUCUAAUUUAACAUCGGGUCGACUGGAAAGGGUAGAGAGUCAGGAUGGCGGACGAGUAUGUCCGGAUGACUGUGCCCGAACUGAAGGAACUGGCAAAAGAGAGAGGCCUUCAUGCAACAGGAAGGCUAAAGAAGGAUGAGCUGGUUAAACUCUUGUGCACCAGCGAGUCAGAACCAGCGUCAGCUUCAUGCUUGUCAACUCCUGGGCCUGACCCAGGACCACACUCCCGCUCACCAAGCCCAGAGGCUGCCGGGAGAUCACUCUCUGAGAGCGAGCAACAGAGACUCCAUGAGAGAGAGAUGAGAAGGAUGGAGCUGGAGGCCCAGCGUGAAAGGGAACAGCAGGAAGAAAAGAAGGAACAACGACGGCUGGAGGAGAAAAGGAUGGAGCUGGAGGAGCAGCUAGAAUUGAAAAGGCUAGAGCUCGAGGCCCAGCGUGAGGGGGAACAGCGGGAAGAGAGGAGGAUGGAGAUGGAAGCCCAGUUGGAGGCACAAAAGAUAGAGCACGAGCAGAAAAAGCUCGAUGCUCAGCUCCGUCUGCAGACCAUUGGGGGAAACGCGAACCUUCCGCAAGCGUCCGGGGAACAGCCCAAACUGGACGUCUCCGCCUUCGCUCGCUACCGAGAGGGAGACGAUCCUGCGGUGUUCCUAAGCAACUUCGAAAGACAAGCCCAGCGGUGCAAGGUGCCGGAGGAAAAGAUCAUGAUGUACCUGUCUGCUCUGGUAGAAGGUGACAUGGCAGUGGUCCUGAACAGCCUGCCCUCAGACGCAGCUGAUGACUAUAAUGCCUUCAAAGCUGCUGUGUCCAAACGGUUCAAGUUAGGACCGGAUUAUUUUCGGAAAAAAUUCCGGAAUGCGCGCCCACAACCCGGAAAGUCAUUGAAUGAUUAUGUGGUCAUGUUGUACGACACAUGCAGUAAAUGGUUAGCUGAAGCCAAGGUUGACAAUUUAGAUAAGGCAAGCCAUCUCCUGGUGCUGGAACAAUUCUAUUUUUGGUGUCCGAGAGAGAUUAAGACCCUGGUCAGGGAUAGCGACCCCAAAAAUGGUUACGAGGCCGCAGACAUUGCAGACCGACUGUUGCUAAACCGUGAGAGGCCUCCCUACUCUGGGAAGGAGCAAAAAGGGUUCCAAAGAGGGGGGAAGGGAGGCCCAGGUCAAAAAGGGGAAAGAGGGCCACCUCCUGCCGAGCGCAAGGCGGCCCCAGAUUCGGACAAACCACCCAAUUCGGAAAAGAGGGGGUGCUAUAACUGCGGGGAGCAGGGCCACAUCAAGCCCAACUGCCCAAAGCUAAGCACUAGCCCCAGGCCCGUCAGGCGUGCAACAGCCGUGAGCAGCGAGGGGGAGGGCCGGAGCCACUCUGAGGAGAGUGUCUGUUGCUACAGGAUCACAAACUCCGAGGAGGUGAUGGCCCCCCACCGGACCAUGAUCACAGUGAAGGAGAGGACCCUUGUGGGGGAACUGGACACGGGGGCCAGUGUGACACUGAUUAGUUCCAACCUGGUCUCACCUGCAGACAUAAUCCCGGGGAAGACCCUCACUAUUCACGGAGUGGGGUCCGCACCCCAGAAGGUACCGGUAUUCUGUGCCCCCGUCGUGUGGAACGACUGUGCAACGUACCUGGAAAUGGGGGUACUGGAAGGGGCUCCGGCCCCCAUCCUGGUGGGACGGGAUCUUAUAGAGCAGGAAGCCCAGCUCCGGAGGUGGGAACAGAUCCAAGAGCCAAAGCCCCACACCGUUCAUGCGGUGACUCGCCUGCAGAGCAGGAAGGCUAAAGAAGGGGGGUUAGGAAAUCCCCGGGAGAAAGUCACACCAUUGGCCGCAGGGGAAGGGACCCCUGCAGACGGCGAUUGCACCCUGGUCCCAGAGGGAACCGGUAACCCCGAGGGUGGGUUAAGUGACAGUCCCGGGGAGGCGUGCAUUCCAUCAGUGGCAGAGGGAGGUGACACUAGCAGGGAGGAGACCCAGGAAGUCCCUGUGGGUGAGUGUGCACUCCCUGCUGAUUGCCUAGCUGGGCAAGAGGAGUUCAAGCAGGAGGUUUGGGAGGACCCCAGCUUGGAGGGACUCCGGCAGAUGGCUCAGGAGCAAGAGACUGAGUUCACUCCGGACAAGAGGGACCAGGUGGUCUGGGAUAAGGGGCUUCUCUAUCGGUUGUGGGUGCCGAAGAACCAUGCCGAGACCAGGGAGCCCCAGCGCCAGCUCAUAGUACCCCAGAAAUACAGACAGCAAUUGCUUGCCCUGGCUCAUGAUCUACCGUGUGCUGGUCACAUGGGCAGGGAACGGACACGCCAGCGGUUGCAGGUGAACUUUUUUUGGCCCAGAAUUGCCCAGAAUGUGACGGACUACUGCAAAUCUUGCGAGACAUGCCAGCGGACGGGCAAAAGCGGGGACAAGAGAAGAGCUCCCCUGCAGCCCCUCCCGAUCAUAGACCAACCCUUCCACAGGGUGGCCGUGGACAUUGUGGGACCGCUGAAGCAUAGGACUCGUAGGGGAAAGAAAUACAUACUGACUCUGGUGGAUUACGCAACGCGGUACCCGGAGGCAGUUGCCUUGACCUCCAUCGAGGCCCCCGUGGUGGCUGAUGCCCUCAUCAAGGUCUUCUGCCAGCUGGGUUUUCCCUCCGAGAUCCUGACGGACCGGGGUGGGAACUUCAUGGCGGAGGUGAUGGAGUGCCUGUGGGACUGCUGUGGGGUGCAACACCUUAAGACCACAGCCUACCACCCUCAGACAAAUGGGCUGGUGGAAAGGUUCAACGGGACAUUGAAGGGGAUGCUUAAGGCCUAUGUGGACUCCAACCCCAAUGACUGGGAUGAGAAGCUGCCGCAUCUGCUCUUUGCCUACCGGGAGGUGCCCCAGGAGUCCACUGGGUUCUCGCCCUUCGAGCUGAUGUUCGGGAGGCGAGUGCGAGGUCCUCUCGAUUUGGUGAGAGAGGAGUGGGAAGGGAAGAUUGCUUCCACAAAGACCUCCAUGGUGGAGUAUGUGCUUGACUUUCGUCAAAAACUGACUGACAUGAUGAAGGUGGCACGGGACUCCCUGGGACAGGCCCAGGAGAAGCAAAGGUCCUGGUAUGAUGAGAAGGCCCGCUUACGUACCUUUGAGCGGGGUGAGAAUGUGAUGGUUUUCCUGCCACUAAAAACGGACAAGCUGCAAGCUGCUUGGGAAGGUCCCCAUGCUGUCCUGGACAGACUGGAUGAUGUGACCUAUGUAGUGGGUAUUAAGGGUAGGAAACCUAAGACAAUUCACGUGAACAUGCUUAAACCCUACUACGACAGAAAGGAGAUGGUAUUCUGGGUCCCCUCCGUUGAGGGAACUCCGGAGGACCCCGAGGAGCCGGUCAUGUAUGGAGACUGGGACGGCGAGGCAGGGAUCGAGGAACUCCGCCUGCCGGACCAUCUGCCCUCCCAGGACAAGGACCAGCUGCUCGCAGCGCUCAAGGACUUUGAGACUGUGUUCUCUAACAAACCAGGUAGAACGGACCUGGCGGUACACUCGAUAGAGACGGGCAGCCAUCGCCCUAUAUACUCCCGACAUUACCCAGUCAAUGAGAAGGUGAGGCAAGAAAUAGAACGGGAGAUCGCAGAGAUGGGGGAGUUGGGGGUAAUCCGGCCUUCGACGAGUCCCUGGGCCAGUCCGGUGGUGCGCGUCCGGAAGCAGGACGGGACCAUCCAGUUCUGUGUGGACUACCGGAAGCUGAAUGCCAUUACCACCCCUGAUGCGUACCCUAUGCCCAGGAUGGACACGUUGCUGGAUCGCCUGGGCCCAGCCAAGGUGAUCUCAACUCUCGAUCUGUCCAAAGGAUUUUGGCAGAUGGCCCUGGACCCAGAUGCCAUAGCCAAGUCUGCCUUUACCACACCUACGGGGCUAUACGAGUUCACAGUUUUACCUUUCGGUUUGCGCAACUCGCCCACCUCUUUCCAGAGACUGAUCAAUAAUCUGCUGCAAGGAUGUGAGCAGUUUGCCAUGGCUUACAUUGAUGACAUCGCCAUCUUCAGUCCGGAUUUCGAGUCGCACCUGACUCACCUGACCACCGUGCUAGGUAAGAUCAAGCAAGCUGGUCUUAUGGUGAAAGCCAAGAAGUGCCAGUGGGCACUAUCGGAGGUGGUGUACUUGGGUCAUCGUGUGGGUGGAGGUCAGAUUGCUCCCUUGUGGGACAAGAUCGAGGCCAUCAAAGACUGGCCGCCUCCACAGACCAAGAAGCAAGUCAGAGCCUUCCUCGGCCUGGCGGGUUACUACCGAAGAUUUGUCCCGGGGUUUGGAGCAACCGCAGCCCCGCUGCACGAGCUGACCAAGAAGGGCAGCCCGGACCCGGUGGUCUGGAAGCAGGGGUGCCAGGAAGCAUUUGACGCCCUCAAGGCAGCCCUGGUCAAACAACCGAUCCUGAAGGCACCGCUCCAGGAUAAACCCUUCUACGUGGCAACGGAUGCCUCCGACAUAGGACUGGGAGCCGUGCUCUUACAGGAGCAUCAGGAGACACGGCACCCCGUGGUGUACCUCAGCCGGAAGCUAAUCCCUCGGGAGCGAAACCUGUCUUCCAUCGAGAAGGGGUGCUUGGCCAUCGUCUGGGCCCUGAACAAGCUGAAGCCCUACUUGUGGGGACAACAGUUCACCGUCCUGUCGGACCAUGCCCCACUGCAGUGGCUGCAGACCAUGCACAACACCAAUGCCAAGCUGCAACGUUGGUCUUGGCAGCUGCAGGAAUUUAAUUUUACUGUCCAACACAAAAAAGGAAGCCAGAACGUGAUAGCGGAUGCCUUGUCAUGAAAGGACUCUGGGUAGUGGGUCCUUGGGACUCGGGACUAGUGAGGAGAUCACUAGUGUAAGACUGCUAUCAAGUUCUAUGGUUUCUGUAUGUUAUUGUCUUAACUUGUUCCAUGUUCCAGGUUUUUCCCUUUUCCUUCUUCUGGCAUCCUGUGGGAACUCCCUGACCCGACACGCCCGGACCCACGGCCCUGUGAGGCCCCGUGUCCGAGCUUGUAAAGGAGGGGGGGGAAGUGUGGCAGAAAUGCCACCGUCGGUGCCCCUCUCCAGAGACCUGUCUCAGCCCGCCACAGAAACCAUAUUUUGGUAUUUGGCUUCUCGGAAUUCUAGGAUUGUAAGUAUAUUAUGAAAAUAAUAGUAUUGAUUCAAAUUUAACUUUUAGUUGUCAUUGUAGUUGUUUGUGUAACACUAAUUCUUAUUGUUUGGGAAGGAAGUGCAUUCGGAGCAUUGUUUCUGAUAUAUGUAAUUAUUGUGUUUUUAAUGUUUGUGGUGUUUCUUAAAGCUAAGCAGUGUUAUAUACGUAGCAAAGAGUUUUAAAAUAAAAUUGUGUUGUAUAAA